CGGAGUGUUUUGCCUAUGUGACUAAUAAUAAACAGUAUCUGAUGCUGUCCUGCUCCUGGGAUGGAGGGGCCCCAAAGGCCUUGGUGUGGUGGGAGGGCCCAGAUGGCCAGGCCAAAGGUGGAGAAGAAAACUCCAACAUCUUGAUCCUUCGCUACGGCACCGCCCGCAGCGGAAAACCCUACACCUGCCAUGCUAAGCAUCCACUUCUGGUCCAAACCAAAACCUGCAGGCUGACACUGGAGGCUCCUGUAUUGCUGACACAGCGCAGAGUUGUGUCUGUAUACGAGGGGAGUGACGUUCAGCUCACCUGCAACCUGAGAUCCAACUACCUUCCUGCCAGUGAAAUCACCUGGUUUAACAAUCAGGGUGUGGGCGUCCUAGACACCUCAAAGUACGCACUGCUGCAAACAUCUGCAUGGGCCAAUCUGACUGUGAAAGACACAGAUGAGACUCAAGACAGCGGCGAGUACAGAUGCACCACUUCCAACGCAGUGGGAGGAACUGAAAUCAAUGUCACUUUAGUGAUCAAGAGGUACCCCAUGCCACCGAAUGUGACCCUGGUCAAAGUGAUGUACAACAGCCGACAGCGUAACGAGGUGGAGCUGGAGUGGCAGGUAGAGAACGAAGGAGGAGGAGGAUGGACAGGUUUCAUCCUGCAGCACAUAUGGGUGUCAGAGCGACCACGAAGGAGAGGUAGCAACAAUGAUUCAAAACAAGAGACGGAGGAGAGGAUCAAACCACCAGACUGGUACCCUAUUAUCAUCCAGGACCCAGAAGUCAGGAUCUAUACAGUAGGGAGACUGAUACCAACCGUUACCUACCAGUUCCGCAUCACACCUGUCAACCACCGCACCCUCGGACACCCUUCUUCUGCUAAGACUCCAGCGGAACCACGCUACAAUGUGUACCCUGCUGUGAUUGGAGCAGCUAUAGGCGGGAUGCUCUUUGCAGCCUUCCUCACAGCGCUGCUGCUCGUGUUCAUAAUCCGCAACCGCAACAACAAUCCCUGGCUACAUGACAUGCUGUUUGGUUUGCAGCAUAGCCAGUCAAGAGAAAACAUCAACUUCCCAGAGGAUGAAUUGGAAGGCAGGUCAGAGGGAGGAAUGGAGGAGAUUGGUGGAUCAUCCAGUCCAGGUCCAACCAUGGUUUUACCCCAGGCAGCGUCACCCCUUACCACCUCACCUACGAGUGCCACCCCCGCCACCAGCCAAGCCCCUCCCCCCAGAGACGACAAUGAACCUUUCAGCGCCAACAUCACAGUCAAGGCUACAGGCUCAUAGUCAUACAUACAGGCUAUAUCACAGACUACUCUGGUUGUAAUUUAACCUGGAAUUAAGUUCUGCAAACAGUUUGGACAAUUAUUACAGUAUGUUGCAUGCAACCUAGAUCUCAUCUCAACUACACUCAUAAGCAAAUUAUAUUCUACAAAACUUUGAUCUUUUGAUUUUUACAUUAAUGAGAUAAUGAGUGUGUAUACGGUUUAGCCAACAGGAGCGGUAUUUAACAAGAAAUGGAC